AGCUGUGAUUGGUCACAGCUUGUCACAUGGUACAAGCCUGUUGUGAAUAGGCUUGUACCAUGUGACCUCUGUGAUCAUUCACAGAUUUCACACGUAGUAAGCAAUGAUGUCACAAGUGACAUCUUGCUUACUACUUUGCAUGUGAUCACUGAUUGACCAAUCAGUGAUCACAUGAUUGGGACCUCGUACAGAGGUCCCGUCCGAUGAUCGGUGUUUCACUGUGUCCGGAGGACACAGGGGGCACCGGAUCGCGGGAGCGCGCACAAGCAGGGAGCGUGCACAGGCAAUGAAUGCAGGUGACGUUUA